AUGUGCUCUCUCAGCGCAGCCAAUGCCAAGUUCUGUCUUGACUUUUUCAGAGAACUGAGCAAAAUAAAAAGAAAUGAAAACAUCUUUUUCUCCCCACUAAGUCUCUCAGCUGCCUUUGGGAUGGUUGUCCUUGGAGCUAGGGGCAGCACACUGAAACAGAUUGAGAAGGUAUUUCAUUUCAGUGACGUUUUGAGCAGUACAAGCCAGGGAAACAGAUACCCUUCCGAGAAGUGUGAAGAAGCUGGAGCUGGAGGAUUCCAUUCCCAGUUCCAGGCUCUGUUAGCUGCAGUCAGUGAACCCAGACCAGGCUGCUCUCUCACCAUUGCCAACAGGCUCUUUGGAGAAAUUACUUAUCCAUUCUUCCAGCAAUACUUGGAUUCCACAAAGAAGUUCUAUCGAGCAGAACUGGAACCAGUCAAUUUUAAAUACACUGAAGAAGAAGCCAGAGAGAAGAUUAACUUCUGGGUGGAAAAUGAGACAAAAGGUAAAAUCAAAGACCUAUUUGCUGCUGGGUUUAUUGAUCCCUCCACUGUACUUGUCCUGGUCAAUGCUAUAUAUUUUAAAGGAAAGUGGGCAGGAGAAUUUAAGAAAGAAGACACUAAGGAAGCAUAUUUCCAACUGAACAAGAAUGAGAAAAGGACAGUGCAGAUGAUGUUUCGAGAAGGUUAUUUUAACAUGGCCAUCAUAGAAGAACUGAAAAUGAAAGUGAUAGAGCUCCCAUACUUUAAGAAUGAACUGAGCAUGUUCAUUCUGCUUCCUGAAGUUGUCUGUGAGGACUUUACUGUUCUAGAACAGCUUGAAAGCACUCUCACAUCUGAAAAACUAGCAGGAUGGACCAGCUCGGCUAGGAUGCAACAGCUGAGAGUGAAGGUGUAUCUGCCCCAGUUCAAGAUGGAGGAAAGUUACAUUCUCAACAAAACUCUCCAGAAGAUGGGAGUGAUGAAUGUUUUUGACUGGGGAAAAGCUGAUUUGUCAGGAAUCUCUACAAAAGAUGGUUUAGUUGUGUCCAAGGCCGUCCAGAAGUCAUUUGUGGAAGUCAACGAAGAGGGCACUGAAGCAGUUGGUGCCAUGGGACUUGUUGCAGUGCCUCUGUGUCGCCCAAUUUCUUAUGAGUUCAAAGCUGACCAUCCAUUUCUCUUCUUCAUCAGACACAACCCAACCAACACCAUUCUCUUCUUUGGAAGAUAUUCUUCCCCUUAA